CGUCGCUGCCGUUGGUGCGCGGAUUGAAGAUGGCGGUGGCGGGUGAGAGCCCGGUCCUGUCAGCUGAGGUGAAGGCGGUGGCCGCGGGCUGGAUGCUGGAGUUCUCCUGCUGCUGCCUGUGCCGGCACUUCGGGGACGGGUGCUCCGCAGAGUUCCAGCGGUGGAGCGACGUGGCGCAUGCUCUUAUUAAUGGCCUCUCGAAAAUACCUACACAUCAGGAAAAAACGGUGUAUCUCUGUCAGCUUUUGAUAAGGAUUGCAAAAGGAAAAAAACUUGAAUGCUAUUUUGAAAAUUCUAAAAGAAUUUCACCUUUGGAAUCUGCUCUGUCUUUCUGGAGUUUACUUGAAAGGGAAGAAGUCGAACUGGAAAAGCUUCAUAAAGAUAUUCGUCAGUUGAUUCAAAUUCAGAUUGUAGCAGUCUAUAUGGAAAAUGGAUAUUUCAAGGAGGCUGCUGAAGCUCUUGAAAGGCUGUUUACAGACUCAGAAUCGGAUAAGCCUUUAAGGAUGAAGCUGGCAACUGUAAUUAAAAGCAAGGAUCCGUAUGUUCCUCUUCUCCAAACCUUCAGUUACAAUGUUUUGAUAAGUAAAAUCAAGUCUUACAUUGAACUUUUCAUGAAAGAAAAUGAAACUAACUUCUUAUUACAGGCAGCCAUAAAAGAGGUAGAGUCUCAAGGACCAGGAGCAAUAACAUCGCAAAGCAAAACUGUGAAUGCUGAUAAAAAUAUCAAAGAGAAUUUCGAAACAAAACAAAGGUUAACGAAAGAGCAGCACAGUACUACAGAUCAGUCACCUGGAGAUGUAAGAGACCCAGCAGUAAGGCCUCAUUCAGGAGGGAGACUCAAAAAGAGAACUGUUCUUCAGAGUUUGAAUGGCUUGCAAAAUGUGGAAAAACAUGGGCAUGCUUUGGUUUCUGUCCGAAAAAGACAGCGAUGGACUUACAAAGAAGAUUUGCAACUGAAAUUAGGAGUAAAAGAGUUUGGAGUGGGUAACUGGGCUAAAAUUUUGGUCCAUGGUGACUUCAACAACCGAACUAGUGUCAUGUUAAAAGACCGAUGGAGAACACUGUGCAAGAUCCAUCAAGGCUAAUUUGGACUAGAGGACUCAACUCUUAUUAACCUUUCCCUACAUAAGGACCUAGUCUGUCUUUUCAGAAUACUAACUUAUUUCAGUCUCAGAGUGUCCAGCAGUGUUGCUGUCCUAAAAUAUGGAACAGAAAAGUAAUAGAUAUUAAACGUUCAUGUAAGCUUGUUUGCUUGUGUAGUGAUGACUUAAAUGUGUGUAGGUAAAAGGCCAUGCUUUACAAUAGAUGACCUAAUUUCUGAAAUGGGAAAAUGCUUGCAGUGGUUUAAGAAAGGUCAGUUAUGUACAUAAAAGUAUUAAAUGCCUGGCAACAUGUUUGGAUUGAUA